AGAGAGAGAGAGAGAGAUUAUCCAAACUGAAAAGUCUGAAAUUCAAUGCAUAAAUAGCAAGAGGUCUGACGCAGGUUUAUUUUUCUUUUUCUUUUGUUUUUCCCCCUAAAUUCUCAAGAAGAAGAAGAACAAGAAGAAGAAAGAAGAAUAAGCAACUGAUAAGGAGGGGUGGUGGGGUGUUGCAGGUGGGGUGGGAGUGAUAGGGGAGACAAUUUUGAGUUGUCUCUUUCUGUGAAUUUUCUCUUCUUCGUUUCUUCUCUGAUAUUCAUUCAUACAUACAAGCUGAUCACAGGUAUCUGAGCUGUGUAUGUAUGCACAGACACCGCCAUUUGAGAUAUUUGUUGAUCAGCUUUACUACUUUCCAAUUUCGUGAUUUUGUGUAUAAAACCCCUCUCCCGCUGUAUGGUUUUACUCUAGGAUUUUGCGUGUGUUGUGGUCUGAAAACCCUAGCUGUGUGAGUUUCCGCGUUUGGGUUUUGGGUUCUGUUAUAUGGGGUAUUGUGGUGGUGGGCCCAGAGGGGUGGGAAUGGAGGACCGUUUGGGGAUCACUCAGCCUGAUCCAUCUGCCAUUGCUGAGGAAUGUUGGACUUCGGCCGAGGAAAUGAUCCAAGAGUUGGUGAAUUGUAUCCACCCCACCAUGGAUUCCGAGGAGAAGAGGAAGGACGUCAUGGAGUAUAUCCAGAAGCUGAUCAGAGAUUCUCUUGCCUGUGAGGUUUUCCCAUAUGGAUCAGUGCCUCUUAAGACUUAUCUUCCUGAUGGAGAUAUAGAUUUGACUGCUCUUACUGCUCCUAAUACUGAAGAAUUUUUGGUGCAUGAUGUCCUUGCUCUUCUACGGGAAGAAGAGAAGAAAGAAAAUGUUGAAUAUGAAGUCAGGGAUACUCAAUUCAUUGAUGCUGAGGUUAAACUUGUUAAAUGCCUGGUACAGGAUAUUGUCAUUGAUAUAUCUUUUAAUCAGUUAGGAGGUCUCUGCUCACUCUGUUUCCUUGAGCAGGUGGAUCGUCUCAUUGGCAAGAAUCAUCUCUUUAAGCACAGUAUUAUGCUGAUAAAAUCUUGGUGUUAUUAUGAAAGCCGGAUUCUUGGUUCUCAUCAUGGUUUGAUUUCUACAUAUGCAUUGGAAACACUGAUCUUAUAUAUCUUCCAAUUUUUCCAUUCAUCCUUAAAUGGUCCUCUAGCGGUUCUCUAUAGAUUUUUGGAUUAUUACAGCAGGUUUGAUUGGGAGAAAUACUGCAUUAGUUUGAAUGGACCGGUUUGCAAGGCAUCCCUUCCUGAGAUUGUGGUUAGCAUACCUGACAAUGGAGGUAAUCUGUUGCUUAGUGAAGAAUUUUUGAGGAAUUGUAUGGAAAUGUUCUCAGCUCCAUCAAGAGUCAUUGGUAACACAAGAGUAUUUAAACAAAAGCAUCUCAAUAUAAUUGACCCAUUGAAGGAAACCAACAAUCUUGGGCGCAGUGUUCAUCGAGGCAAUUACUAUCGCAUACGUAGUGCAUUCAAGUAUGGAGCCCGCAAGCUUGGCCGGAUUCUCUUAUCCUCUCCGGAUAAAAUUGGAGAUGGGAUAACAAAGUUCUUUGCGAACACCAUUGAUAGGCAUGGACACAAUGUUUUUUAUAAUUUGAAGCACUCUUCCCUAAAAUGUUGCCCUAAUGGUUCUGGGGUAUUGUCUUCGCCUUCCCCUGCUGAAUUUAUCUCUGAGGAUGAAAUGCCUUUGAAUUCAUCAUUUGGCUAUUGUGAGAAUGAUAAUUUUGAAUGGGAAGAUAAAUGUGGUUCAGUAUUAAGAAAUGAAGCGAACAAGUUGAUGAAAACGGUCUCUGAAUGUAGCAGCUUAACAAUUGGGGCUACUGUUUCAGGACAUGGUCUAUCUGGUGAUACAGAUGAUCCUGCGUGCUCCCAUGCCUUAAACCCUAGUUCUACAAAUAGCAUGUCUAACUGUUCAACAAGUGGGAAUUGUAGCGAUUCUCUAUCUGGUCUAGAUUACUCUGCACCCGAAUUUCACUCUCUUAAAUCUAGUGCCAUAAAUGGGAGUUGCAAGAAUUGGGCCCUCUUCCAAAGCGGUCAAUUUGAUUAUGUUUAUGGGAAUCCAGGCUUUGGUUCAUGUAUAGACCAAGGAGAGUUUCCUUUGGAGAAUAGCAGCAUAUACCAGUCUGUGACAGAUUACAGUGAGAGCAUCUGUUCUGGUGAUUCAGCAACCUCUACUCCAAAGACCAGCAUUUUAGAAAGCUUAUCCCUCGAUUUUCGGGAAAGGGACUUAGCUAGCAUAGCUAGUGAUCUGGAAGUUUUGAAUCCUUUAGCCGACCUCACUGGCGAUUAUGACUGCCACAUUAGGAGUUUGAUAUAUGGCCAGUGUUGCCAUGGUUAUGCAUUGAUGGCAUCAUUGUUGUUUGAUCCUUCAACACAAUCUCACUUUCAAAACCAGGCGUUCUGCAACGCUGUUCGACAAUCAAGUACACCUGGACAAAAUUCGGUCGCUAAGACAAAUAUGAGGCCUGUGAUUGUAAGGCCGUUCGUUUCCUCACCCACCAACCCUUCAUCAUCCACUGUUACUCGUUCUGAAGAAAAACCAAAAGCACCACUACCACAACCUUUUGUACCAAAUAUGCAUCACUAUUUCAGGGAGAGACCUUGGAAACCGAAGGGUAGGAACAAGGAAUUUGGCAGUGAUGUUCAGUUCCAUAACGGCACCAAUAGCAAUGGAUGGGUUCCAGUCUUGUCCGAGGCGAACUGUUUGGAAAAUGAUGGUCGCCAAGAGUUCUCACAUGCCCAACCUUCUUGUAAAAAACGCGGGAAGUUUUCUACACCCAACCAAUAUGAUCAUCAUCCAGCGGGAGAUUCUGAUGAAAAUGGUCUCGCAAAUUUGCUAUGCGAAAUUGAAUUCGGAUCUCUAGGAAAACUUCCCGAAGAUUUUCUUUCAGGCUCUUCCCGUGAUCGUACCCCAACUACUCUCUCUGACAAAGUGCCAAGCGCAAAACCAGCAUUGUGUAGGAAAGAAAGGUUUGCUGAUCAGUCAUUCCACCUGAAGAAUGAAGAAGAGUUUCCACCACUGCCCAUGUGAGAGAGAGUACUAGGAAAGAAGUAAAAAAAACUUGUAUACCUGCUGAGAAAAUAGAGAAAUAGAAAAAUAGAAAAAUAGUAG